ACACAGACUGCAGAAGUAUCCUCGGAAGCGUCGAAUCUCUCGCGCCGCAGCUCAGACUCCUCAGACCACCACGAGCUGCCUGACCACCGCAACCAGGGCGCCAGCCUUCCUAACUCAGAAGUAAGCGGACCUGAAAGCGCUGCUGGUCCACCUCAGUCCCAAUCUGGUUCUGCCCCAACGGGGCCGGUUCACCCAGUUCCUCCGGAUGAGGUUCACCCGGUUCCUUCGGGUGGGAUUCAAGCCGCUCCUCGGAACCGAAGACGCGCACCGGUUCCUCCAAAACCUGAGGCUUGUCAAGUUACUGCAAUUCCUGAGGAGUCUUCGCACUCAAAACGGACAACUGUUCCUGAAGAACCUAAUGCCGUUAACCACAACGGCGUUCAUCUUCACACGAACGGCGUCAACGGUGGACAUUCUAUUGAGCAAAGCGAGCAACAUGUCACAAUGUCGUCUAAUGGCUUCGGGGAUAAUUCCUCUACUGUCAGUGAUGCUUCUAGUCAAAAAUUGAUUUCAAAUAACACCAAGGAAGAUUCAGGGUCAACAAGAACUCUGACAGAAAAUUUAACUGAUCACUCUCCGAAAAGCUCCAACCGAAGUCCUGCUCACCGUGAAAAUAACUUAGAAGAAUUAGUGAAGCAGUCGUCUGUUAUAACAGCCGAAAUAUUCUUGCCUUCCUCCAAAUCUUCUUCAAUUGACGAUGCUUCUGAACGCUGCAUUUCUGGUGACACGCCUGAUCUUAUCGCCAGCACUGAUGUGGACAACGAUAGCAUGUCUGCCGAGUCACCUACACCCAUGCAAUCGUCUCCACAAUCCAGACAUUCACUUCCUGACGAUGUCAGCGAGACUUCAUCCACUGCUCCUUCACCUGUAGAAAGAGAAAUCUCUUUGGAUGUAGACCGCUCAUCGUCCAGUAUCACUAUGCUUUCUCAAACGGGUCCAAAGAACAACGAUGCGAACCCAGAUAGUCAAACACCGAAUACAUCCGUAGUUCAUCCUGAAAUUGCCAAAGAUCCCACCGUAAAACCCGCUAUUUCACCUGUAGAAGUUCCUGUAGAGUCGUACAGUUCAUCAUCAGCUGCAGCGGCCACGCCAGAAUUCCACCCUAUUAAUUGGGCGUAUAAACCCACCCUGGUCAUAGGUAGCUACGAGGACUUCAAGUGUGGGUACACCUGUUCUCAG